GCCUCUCUGUCUCGCCGCCGCUGAACUCGCGCACAGGAAGAGAGGAGAUGCGCGAAAGGGAGCCACUGCGGGGAAGCCAUCGCCGCCUGCCACCAUCGCCGAGCGUGGGGCCGCCGUCCUCCUCGUCGCCGACCAGCCCGUCUCGUCGCCGCCGUCAAACCCGUCCCUUGCCGCCGCCGUUGAAGCUGCGAACAUAGAAGAGGGAAAGGGAUGAGUCGCAAGGAAGCAACGCUGCCCUUCCAUCGCCGCUGCUGCCACGGUUGUGGUUGAGGGUAUCCCCGUCGCCGUGGGUGGUUCCACCGCCCUUGCUGCCGUGCCGUCAGAGUAUGCCGCCAUGGCCGCCGGUCUCGUAGUUGCUGCUGUGAUUGGGGGUCUGCUGUGUAUGGUCGCCGGAAAACCUUUCUGCCACCGGAGCUGCCCUAAAACACCAUCGGAGUCUGACAGCACCGCUGCCGGAGUUCUGAGGCCACCGGAACCACCGCCAGAGGUUCUGGCUACUUCUGCCGUCGCCGAAAAAGUUGCCGUUGAUCCACCAGAGUUUCCGGCCGCCGCCAGAGUUGUUGUUGCCGCCGGUUCAAAAUCGCAGCUGCUUCGUGUUGUUAUUUCGGUAAGAAAUUAUGUUUCGAAAAGUCUCGCGUUAGUUUUUGGUUGUGUUGGUUAA